AUGCCGUUCCUCAACAAUGGGUCUGAGACCCCAUCUGACUCUGACAAAAGCUUAAAUGAAUUUGAAAAGCUCGUGCAUGAUCUUAGCGUGGCUUUGGGUCCAAGCUCCGGUCUCGACUCGGAUGAUGUCGACCCCAAGAAUAUUGAAAUGCUCAUGUCAAAAUACAUCUCCAACUCAGAAGAAUGGGGAAAUUGUGCCCUGGGAGACCCCAGCAGAUCUUACACACGAAAUUUGAUUGAUGAAGGGAAUGGCAAAAGCAACCUACUGAUUCUCGUCUGGAGUCCAGGAAAGGGCAGCGCGAUACAUGAUCAUGCCAAUGCACACUGCGUCAUGAAGAUUCUCAAAGGAACGCUGAAGGAGACACUUUACUCCUGGCCUGAUCAAGAAAAGAUAAAGCAUGGAGAGUCGGCCCCUCCUCAGAUUACUCGAAAAACUACAUUCGGAGAAAAUGAGGUCACAUACAUGUCCGACAAGCUUGGCCUGCAUAGAAUAUCGAAUCCGGACCCAAACAACUUUGCUAUCUCGCUACAUCUUUACACACCACCCAACGCAGCUAGGGAUGGCUUUUGUCUCUAUGACGAGAAAACUGGCAAAGCGAAACACAUUAAACAGGCACAUUUUUACUCUGUUCGCGGGAAGCGUCUUGACUAUGGACAGUAA